AUGCAGAGGCCAUUAGCAAAACCUAAAUCUUGGGAUGAAGCAAAGCCAUUUUCAGAAAUCCCAGGACCUAAUCCUUUGUUGCUCACUCUUUUCAGUUUAAUACCAGGAAGAGCAUCCAAAAUGUCAUUAAAGGAUGCCAACGCACAACUCAAUAAAACAUAUGGUGAUAUAGUUGCAAUAAAAGGAACAAUGGGUCGAUCAGACAUGAUCAUUACUUAUAAUCCAAAUGAUUUUGAACAAGUUUACAGAAAUGAAGGUCCUUGGCCUUAUAGAAGAGAUUUUGAUACAUUUCGCUACUUCAGGACCCAUGUUAGACCUGAUGUUUAUGAAGACUCUUAUGGACUUGUUGCAACUCAAGGCAAAGCAUGGAAAGAAUUGAGAGGCAAAGUCAACCCAGUUAUGAUGCAACCCAGAGUUGCAAAACAAUACAUCACACCAGUGGAAGAAGUUGCAGAAGAAUUUAUUGCACGCAUGCUCCUUUUGAGAGACUCAAACAAUGAAUUGCCAAGCAAUUUUUCACAUGAAUUGAACAAGUGGUCGUUGGAAUCAAUCGCAAGAAUAGCCUUAGAUUCAAGAUUAGGUUGUUUGAAAGAUGAUGCUCAAAUGGAUCCGGAUUGUAAACAAAUGAUUGCAGCUGUUCAAGACUUUUUUGCUUAUACUUGGAAACUAGAAAUCAAUUUGCCAGUUUGGAAAAUUUUUAAAACAUCCUCAUUUAACAAAUUGAUGAAUGCUUGGAAUACUAUGAUCAAAAUUGAAGAAGCCAAACAAAGAAUUCAAAAUAACCCAGAGCCAACAACCGAGCAGGAAGCAAGUGUACUAGAAAAAUUGUUAAAAAUUGAUCCUAAACUUGCAGCAGUCAUGGCAAUGGAUAUGCUUUCAGCAGGCAUUGAUACUACAUCUAACAGUGUGGCAAUCCUGUUAUAUUUUCUUGCAACGAAUCAAUCUUGCCAAGAUAAAUUGCGACAAGAAAUUUUAACAAUAUUGCCAGAGAAAAAUUCGAAGUUGUCAUUUGAUUCUUUUAAUCAUAUUCCAUAUUUAAGAGCAUGUAUGAAAGAGGCGACAAGGAUACUUCCAAUUGCUGAAGGCAAUUUAAGAAAAUUGCCUGUUGACCUUGUUUUAUCUGGAUAUCAAGUUCCAAAAGGGACGGAAGUAGUUAUGAGGCACUCGACAACAUCUGUAAAAGAAAAUCAAUUUCCUAAUCCGGAAAAGUUUAUGCCAGAACGUUGGUUAAGUGCUGAUAAAUCCCAGGGUUGUCCUUUGGCAAAAAAUGCACAUGCUUUUGCCCAUAUGCCAUUUGGGUUUGGUCCUAGGAUGUGUGUUGGAAGAAGAUUUGCAGAUUUAGAAGUUGAAAUACUGAUUACCAAAUUGCUUAGAAACUAUAAGGUAGAAUGGAAUUAUGGAGAGCUGGAAACAUCUAGCAGAUUGAUUACACAUCCUGAAUCGCCAUUGAAAUUUAAAGUAACAGAGAUAUGA